UUCAUCUCACACGCAGCCGUGGCCUGUGUGUUCAUUCAAACAUCUCUGCGACUAUUUUUCGGAGAAACAGCAAAAUAUGUGGAUUUGCUACGUGGGUAUCUGAGGUGGAAUAUAUACAGAAAGUACCCACCUGCAUUAACUGAGGAGCUCUACAGGAAAAUGGAGGAUGAUUAUGGACUUGAGCUAAGUUUGGGCCUCUCUUUUGGGGGAUCAUCCAGCAAAUCUAAAAUCAAAGGCACCUCUUCAGAUCCUGAACCAGAUGAAGCAAGUAGUAACAAACUAACUGGUAGCGCAGAGAACCAAGAUCGUAAAGGGAAACAUAAGUCCGCUCCAGGUUAUCAACAAGAUGAUAAUUUCUGUGUCGAUUUUGGGAAAUUCUCUACUCUGGUGACAGAUAAUGCCGAUGAUUUGCAGAACGAUUUAUCUCAGUCAAACAAACGUAAAAUGCCAUUUGAGGGGAGAAAUCUUCAAAACAAGCAUGAAAAUAUAGAUAGCGCUACUGAUGUUGUAGAGUAUGAUGCACAAGGAUCAAACUCUUGGUUGGCUUAUCAUGAGGAAGAUAAAUUCAGGGGCUCCGAUGUUUCUAAGUUUAAUGACAAGGGUCCUCUGGGUCAGAAUACAAACAACUUGCAUGUUUCUGUUGGCUAUUCUCCUGUGCAGCGGCCAACACUAGAAGCAGGAUCUUCAUGGGCAGGUAAUUCUCAGCCUCGGCAUGCUGCAACUAGUCUCAGCAGGGAUGGAGAAUCUAGUAACACGGAGAAUUCUGAAGCCUCGAAGUCAUCUAGUGUUCCAAAUCAAGCACCUCAUAUUGAGGAAAGAUCAGCCCAUUUGCUCGAAAGCAAUACAAGCGAUGUCAGAGAUAUCGCUUCGAUUUCUUCUCAAAAUGAGGAUAAGAACAAGGAGAAAACAAACCAAUCUAUAUCAAAAGGACCUACUAUCAGACGAGGCAUCGGACCCGAUAUAAAGUUUGGAGGUUCAGGCUCAUGUCCUGAUCUCCCAUGGGUCUCGACUACUGGGUCUGGGCCAAAUGGAAAGACGAUAUCGGGUGUUGGCUACAAAUACAGUCAGAAUGAGUUAAGGAUCGUUUGUGCUUGCCAUGGUAUUCAUAUGUCCCCUGAAAAUUUUGUUCAGCACGCAAGUGAAGAUGUUAAUGACACAUAGCUGAUCUUUUUCAGUUCAGAAUAAUUUCAGCAAAUUCUUGAAAGAGGGGUCAGUUACUGAAGAGUUCGUAGCAUAUGAGUCCAGAUGUGUGAACCAAUCUAAUCUUAGUAGUGUAGAUUUCAUGUUCAAAAAUCCUCUUAUUUGGAAUUUGUUGUAGCAUGUUAUUGUUGAUAUGUAGAGGAAUAACAUCAUAAUGAAAGAAUUGUGUGAAUGUAUGGAUGUCAUUGUUUGUUUCCCAAUUAUCAUCUAAU